GUCAACUGUCUGGACUCUCUCAACAAAACUCCAUCUAUAUCAUUCCCCCAAAUAAUAUCUACCCUCCUUUUAUUUCAACCGUUUAAAUAUACACACACACAUUUUUCAGUUUCAUUUCUCCCGUCGAUGACGACGCUGUAAUCGCAAAACCCGAGGGUUUUAAUCCACCUAUACUUACACCUAUACAUACACACAUAUAAUUUCCGAUCCGGCUCGGUUUGAUGAGCCGGAAGAUGGACGACGAUCAUCGCCGGCGGCGGAGAUUCGGAGAAGUCGCCGGUGGAGCGACGGCGGAGUGCGCGGUGAUGUGCUGCUGCAUACCGGUGGCGAUCGUCAAUCUUCUGGUCCUCGCGGUGUACAAAGUGCCGGCGGGGAUAGGGAGGAAGGUGUGGAGGAGGAGGAAGAAGGAGCGGCUGCUGAGGAGGCGGCGCGAGGAUGUCGGCGAAAACUUCGGCGAGAAUUUCGGGAGCGGGUCGGACGUUUCGGACGCGUUCGGGGAGGGCGGGGGUUUGGAUUUUGGGGAUAGCGAGAUGUGGGAUGAGCUGUACGGGACGGGGUUCUGGAGAGUUCCGUCGCAGAAAGGAGAAGAAGAAGAGAUUGGGGUUGAGUUGAAAAUUUGAAAUUGUAUGUAUAGUUGUGUGUAUAGGUUUUUUAGUAAAGUUUAUUUUAGAGAUGAAAAGGUGAAAAGUUUAAAUGUAAAUGUUAAUGGAUCGAUUUUGAAUGGACGGAGGUUUAAGGUAUUUUUUAAUACAAUAUAUGAAUAUAGUGGUGUUUUUUUUUA